GGUUCGGUACAGCACAGUGGAUCUGGUUAAGAUCGUGGUUAAGCCGCUGCAGCAAGCCGUUGCAGACGCCAUCGUUGGUGAGAAUUCUGAUAGAGAAUUCACCUCUGUCAAAGGCAGAGGAGUAGCCAGCUGAGGUACGGCAAGCGGAAGAAAGCCACUCGGAGGCUCACAGAUCGAUGAGGCGCCACCGGUGCAUUCACUGAUAUGAUGUCCGCGCUGUGUCUGUUUGCAGGUGUGCAGAUGUCGGCUGCUGCUUCUGAAGAAGGUGGUGCCUCUAUAGCUGACGAGCCAUCUUCAUCCGCUGCGUCGGCCGCAAAUGGUACACUAACAGAGGUGUGUGUGUGUGUGAUUGCCGGCAGACAGCUGUGUGUGUGUGUAUGUGUGUGUGUGAUUGUAUUGUAGGUGCUAGCAGUGCAUCGUCAGACCACCAGCAGCUCGCGCUCGCCUUCCUCCCUUCAAAGAUGUCGCCGACGCUGCUUCUUCUCGUGUUGUCGUCGUCGCUGGUCGCACAAGCCUCUCCCUCUCUCAGGCUUGGGUUUGUGCCUGCGCGGCCUGCACGACUACCGGGCGUCCAGUGCUGGGACGGCAUCAGAAGCUGAGAGAGGCUCGAGCCCUCCUCCAAGCUCAUCGACGUCUGCACACCAACCGAGGUCGGUUGCACACAUGCCAGAUGGUCUGUCUGGCCUUCCUUGCCCCUGACUGCCAUCAUCUCUCUCUGCGGGCGUGUUCGGUGUGGCGUGUGUCCAGAACGAAGCCACGAAGCGGCCCAUCCUCGUAAAGUGCAUUCAAUCUGCCCUGAAAGCCCUCACGGAGUGUGCGUGUCCGUCUGUCUGUCUGUCUGUCCAUGUGUUGGCGUGCUCAUCCAUCUGGCAGACCGAAGAUGAGGCCUUGCAGGACUUACUUGAGUGGUGUUGGAAUAAGAAAGACGACAUCGACGCGCGGCUACAGGAUGUCGACGUGGCGAUCGAAGAUGCAUGCGAGAGGCAAGCGUCAUCGGCGCAUUAUGCACCUAAAGUGUGUGUCGUUUUGCAAUGGAUUCCAUUGCAAAUUAAUGCAGUGGCAGCAAGAUGUAUAGGCCGCUCGUGGGGUACCGAGACGAACUCCAGCGCGUCAGAUGGCUCGUCUACUUCACAUGUACGUACGUACGCCGAUGCACGCAUUGCACACAGAUUCGUCAUGGCGUGUGCGCAAGUGCAUCCCCUCCCUCUCUCUCUCUCUCUCUCUCUCUCUCUCCGUGUGUGUGUGUGUGUGUGCGUGUGUUUGUGUCUGUCUGUCUGUGUGUCUGUGUCUGUGUCUCUGUCUGUCUGUCUGUCUGUGUUUCAAAAAGGGCUAAGCGCGCUUUCCAAGUGCUGCAAAGGUGUGCGCACACAGAUGGCAUACACGUGUGUGCAUGCAGCCUUUUCAUUUGAUGCAUUCAUUCAUUCAUUCGCCAGACCCCUUUCAGAUGGAGCCAGUGACGCGAUACCUUAGCGAAGGUACGUACGUACGUCCAUGACUCUACAAACACGUGUGUCGUGCGGUCGUGUUCUCUUACCCUCAGACUUCGACAACCGCCCCUUCGCUUACAAGCCUAUCAAGACGCCUCUCCCUCCCGCCUCUCAAGGCGUCUCUCCCGAAUGAGUAGACGCGUGUGCCUCCACGCCUGGAUUGUCGUCUGGGGCCGAGUUUCGUGCAGCUCUUUUUGAGGGGGGGCGGGAGUGUGUGCGAACACGUUUCUUGCAUGCAAUCAUAUCCACCACAACACAACACAACUAUGUACAUAUGAGUGAAUCACAUUUUAAAGACCAAACCCUGAAACGCGUGUUUGGUGCGCUCUCUGCCCCCGUAUCUGUCGCGCCGGAUGGAUGCCGCAGAGACUGGACGGUACGCAACGGUUG